AUAGUGAAUGCAGGGUCCGGGGAGACCAGAUAUAGUGAAUGCAGGGGUCCGGGGAGAUCAGAUAUAGUGAAUGCAGGGUCCGGGGAGAUCAGAUAUAGUGAAUGCAGGGUCCGGGGAGAUCAGAUAUAGUGAAUGCAGGGUCCAGGGAGAGCGGAUAUAGUGAAUGCAGGGUCCGGGCAGGAGAGCAGAUAUAGUGAAUGCAGGGCCCAGGGAGAGCAGAUAUAGUGAAUGCGGGGUCCGGGGAGAGCAGAUAUAGUGAAUGCAGGGUCCGGGGAGAGCGGAUAUAGUGAAUGCAGGGUCCGGGGAGAC